AUGGCUGCGCCCGCGGUGGGGUUGGCUCGUGGGUUCCCGGUCGGGCUCGGUCGCGGUCGCGUUCGCGUUCUCCUGCUGCCGCUGCUCUCGCUGCUCUGCGGGGCGGCGGGGAGCGAGGAGGCCGGGGCCGGGGCGGGCACGGCGACCCUCGCGGGCUCGUGCGGUUGCGGCGCGCCGCAGCGGUCCGGGGCCCACGGCAGCGCGGCGGCCGCGCACCCGUACUCGCGGGAGGCGAACGCCCCGGGCCCUGUCCCUGGAGAGCGGACGCUGGCGCCCACCAAGAUGGUCCUCAUCCCCGCCGGGGUGUUUACCAUGGGCACGGACGAUCCUCAGAUAAAGCAGGAUGGGGAAGCACCAGCCAGGAGAGUGGCUAUCGAUGCCUUUUACAUGGACGCCUAUGAAGUCAGUAAUGCUGAUUUUGAGAAGUUUGUCAACUCAACUGGCUAUUUGACAGAGGCUGAGACGUUUGGCGACUCCUUCGUCUUCGAGGGCAUGCUGAGUGAGCGGGUGAAGACUGGCAUCCAGCAGGCAGUUGCGGCUGCUCCCUGGUGGUUACCUGUGAAAGGCGCCGACUGGAGACACCCAGAGGGGCCCGACUCCACCGUCCGGCACAGGCCGCACCAUCCCGUACUCCACGUCUCUUGGAACGACGCAGUUGCCUACUGCACAUGGGCGGGGAAGCGGCUGCCCACGGAAGCUGAGUGGGAAUACAGUUGUCGCGGCGGCCUACAGAACAGACUCUUCCCCUGGGGCAACAAGCUGCAGCCCCGAGGCCAGCACUACGCCAACCUGUGGCAAGGCGACUUUCCUGUGACCAACACCGGCGAGGACGGCUUCCGGGGGACCGCGCCCGUCGAUGCCUUUCCUCCCAAUGGCUACGGCUUGUACAACAUGGUGGGCAACGCCUGGGAGUGGACCUCAGACUGGUGGACCCGUCACCACUCUGCGGAAGAAAUGCUGAACCCAAAAGGACCCCCUUCGGGGAAGGACCGGGUGAAGAAAGGUGGAUCCUACAUGUGCCAUAAGUCCUAUUGCUACAGGUACCGCUGCGCCGCCCGGAGCCAGAACACACCUGACAGCUCCGCCUCGAAUCUGGGAUUCCGCUGUGCGGCCGACCGUCUGCCCAGCACGGACUGACAGCCAAGGAGAGCCUUCCCGAGUCCGAGACGUCGGGACCAAGCUGUGCUCAGCUUCCCUCAGAACUCCAUACGAUUUGUGCCAAGUAGUCCCACCCCCGAGGUGGGCCACACACCUGCCCCACGGCCAAAGGAACUGUCUUACAGACCCACUCGCUGACCCGCGAAAGUGCACGUGCUUUUGUGUGGCCUGUCUUUGGACACCACUGCCCUGCUUUACUUUUGAGAGUCUUUUAGGGAGAAAGAGGAGUACAGGGAACCCUGAACAAGGGGUGGUGAGAGCCUGGGGCCCAGCAUCUGUCCCUUGGGCCUUGGGGCCCCGAUCCAUCAAACGGGGGGAUGGAAGAUGGCUUCCGAGGCUCUGAGCUCUUAGAUUCUGUGAGUGCGAUCAGCUUCGAUGGUGACUGCGCAGUGAGAACUGACGCCAGGUUUUUUCGGCUGUUUUUCCCCGGUUGAAUGUUGGGUGAUAGCAGUCACGGAAAGUCAGAGCUCGGCGCUGUGCUGUUUUCAGGAAGGGAGAGGCCGACGCACGCUUUCUGUUCCUGCUGCACGGUGUCCUCCCGGGGAAAGCAGCGUCCCUCACGUCCUCACGGUGAGUCCCUCACGGCCGGUGACGGCGUGCUGGCGGCGUCCCGGGCCUCGGCUGUGCUCUGUCUCUGACGUUAAGUGCCUUUGGUCCAGGGGUGGCUGGCAGCCCUGUUUUCCCCUCACCCCCAAGCCUUUGCUGAGUGAGAUGUGUGCACAGUUCCAGACGGGGGAGAGGAACCCUUGGCUUCGCUGUGUUUUGUGAUAGAGAAGUGGGGAGCCUUGGUGGCUCUGGGACAUCCUGAGCCCUGAAUCAUGCACUGUGCUGAAUAAACUGGUAUCUGCCAAA